AUGGCGCAUGAUAAGGAGAAGAAGAAGAAGGAGAGUAUUUUGGACCUCUCCAAAUACAUCGACAAAACAAUCCGAGUGAAGUUCCAAGGCGGGAGAGAAGCAAGUGGUGUCUUGAAAGGAUUUGACCCUCUUCUGAACCUUGUGCUUGAUGGUACCAUUGAAUAUAUGCGAGAUCCAGAUGAUCAAUACAAAUUAACAGAAGACACACGUCAGCUGGGACUUGUGGUCUGCAGAGGGACUUCUGUGGUUCUUAUUUGUCCACAGGAUGGAAUGGAAGCUAUUCCAAACCCUUUCAUUCAGCAGCAAGAUGGCUGAUGCUUUCUUUGGAUUGUCUCUGAAGACUUCAAGGGUGCAAAUCAUCGGAGAAAACUAUCAUUGUGUGAGAAGCUUCCUGUUUUGGAGGAGGAGAUUGAAUGUGUAUUUGUUAGUGUGAAAGAAUGGUCAACUUUUAUUUUUGUGGCUUUCCAUAAAUGAUGAGAGGAUGGGGCAUGGUAUGUAAGAAGUAACUUUUGAUUACCACCACCACCACCCUCCCCCCCCCCCCCACAAAAAUGUGUUUAGAGCUGACAGGAGAGAAUAUAUUGUCAUGGAAUUUUCUGAGACCCUCUUGAUCUUGUGAGUUUUGAAACAACCACAUAAAAUUAGUAAAGAAUGCCCUGAAUAUUGGUUAUAUUAUUUACAUUUUUAAAUACAUUAAAAAUGUAUUUAAUCUAAAGCCUAAAUACAUUAGAACAUGUUUUUCUUCCUCUUAGAUAUCAGUACUCAGCUGGGAAGCAUUGUGUUGUAGUCUUCCUGCUGUUGAGUUCAGUCUCUCUUGCCUGCUUGCUCCAGUGCAUGCAGGAAAGUUACUUUCCUUGUAUAGUACCUUGUCAUCACCUGUACAAGCUAUACAGCUAAGAAGAUCUUCUCUAGCACUUGUUCCAGAUCUCGUGCACUGUGAUCUGUGUAUCGGAAGGCUCCCACAUUUCUACAGAAGGACUGGACUAACUUCUAGGAUGAUUCUUGGCUGAGUGACAUGAACCUUACGGAAGAAUCUAUUCAAUACUUGGAAUUUUAGGGGAAGAAUAUUUAAGAAUCUAAUGUUCAAUUGUAGGCAGUGUCAGGAAAUACUGCAUAUUUUUAUAUUGUAGCUAUCCGCUUGUGGUUCUGCUUGUUAUAACUUGAUUUGUAAGUAAAAAUUUUUAUUUCUUUUAUACUGCAGAAAUAGCAAGAUUUGAGGAGUUUUGAGUGAAUAAAUAUGAAUUAAUCUGUUC